UGGUACAACUUAAAAUUGUACAUUUACGUUAUGGUACAACUUCAGAUUGUACCUAUACUUUUUGUACAAAUUCUUUUAUGGUACAACUUGAACUUGUACCUUUAUGUGAUGGUACAACUUCAAGUUGUAAAGUUGUACCAUAACAUAAUGAUACAAAUUGCUUUAUGGUACAACCUAAACUUAUACAUUUAAUGUUAUAGUACAUUUUUAAGUUGUACAUUAAAGCACCAAUACUAUAUAGCAUAGUAGAAGUGCUCAUAGGGUGGGAGGUACAAGUAGUCGACUACGAUGAUCGUAACGAACAUCCAAUUAAGACUGUAGAAGCCCAGGAUUACCUAACUACCAAUCUGCGUGUUUGUUCUCCAGGGAGAAUCGUGUCCUUGGGAGGAAAUGACAACGCCCGGAAAGCUAGCCCUCCAGAGCUAAAAGGUGUUGGAUACUACUAGGAGUAUGGUAUGCAGUGAUGGAUCAUUGUUGCUUGAGAGUAGACCGCAGACGAUGUACAUCAGUGGUGCAGAUAAAUAUGUCAAGCUGACAGCGCUGAGCAAAUCUCAGCAGUUUAGUCAUUACAUUCUGCCAUUUUCCUGGGCAUUUGAAAGAUGCAACAUGAACUAUACUGUUUGCAGCCGGUGAACAGGGGUUGGAGAAACGAUUUUCUAGGAGCGAUAUCUAUCUAUAUAACGAGAUGGCUAUCUCGAAUUCCUUGUGUUACUUCUUUUUUCCUUCAGUCAUCUUCUGCAUUGAAAGAUAGGUGACUAAACCCGGCCCUGCGUUGAGCAGCCAUUGGAUUUGUAGCACGCGUGGAAAAGAGAGUUAGAAAGAGUAGGAAACCGACCUGCAAUAAUCGACAGCUGCUCUUGUUGAUGCAUUCGCCGCCACCGACAUCACAGCUAUAUCUGUUCAGAGCAUAAACCGUGGUGGUGGAAAAAACUUGAUUUUGCGAGUGAAAAAAACCAGAGACAGUGAUGAGAAAUAGAGAUGCGAUUACAUGUAAUUUCAACCUCAUCUAUUUUAUCCGACUUGUUUGAUUUAUUUUGGGCGGGUUCGACUAGGGAUGGCAAAUUACCCACCCAUGGGUAAUUAUACCCAAACCCAAGUAGACCCAUUGAUAAUGGGUUGGGUAUGGGUGAAGUGCAUAUGGAUUUGGGGGUUUAUAGAUGGGUUUGGGUUUGGGGCUUCCAUAAUCUAAAUGGGUAUGGGUUGGAUAUGGAUAUCCAUUUACUUGAGGGUGUUUUAACUACACAUGUAAAAAUUGGACCUAUUUGCAAAACUUGAAAAGUUUAGGUACCAAAAUGUAAGACCAAAAAAAUUUAGGUACCAAAACGUAAUUUUUCAUCGAUAUUUUGAGGACUUAUAUGCAAAAAAAAUUAAAUUUAGGUACUAAAUAUGCAUGUUUAUUAAGUUUGGGUACCAAACUGUAAUUUGUAUUUGGGCAUGGGUACAAACCAAUAUCCAUUUGAUAUAAACCCAACUCAACCCAAAGUAAAUGGGUAUGGGUACAAACCCAUCAAACUCUACCCAUAUCCAUCUAUUUGGAUUUCAUACCCAACCCAAUUGGGUUGGAUAGUAAGAAACCCAUGGGUAUGGGCAAAGUUGCCAUCCCUAGGUUCGACCCGUCCUGUUGGUGAGGUGGGGCGGAUGAGUAUUCUCAUCGACCCGAGCUGCCCUGAUCCGUCCCAUUCUCGACUCGUUUUUGUCUAAAUUACAUAUAAUAUUAACCAACUUACUUAUAAUUUUCCUUUUAUUACCUCAUAUUUCAGCUAUAAUAAAUUAUAAAGUUGGAAAUUAGCUAUAAGUAUAAAGCUGGAAAUUAAUGAAAACCUAAAUGUCUUCAAUAAUUUAACCACAUUUAUCAUUGGUUUGUUUUCUUGGUCUUAAUUAAUGAUUAUUUAUAAUGUUUUUCAUAAAAAUUGCAUAUCCAUUGGGUAGACCUGGCCCGACCCAUGAUCCAUGAUAAAUUACGCAACAUGGACCUAACUUGCCACAGGACGGGUAUGGAUAUCGUGAUACUCGCACCAAACCUGCCCAUUGUCAAUUCCUAAAUACAAUUAAUGAAACCUUUCAUGGCGAUGAAAGGAUUAUAAAGGGUGAACGUACAUACAUGCAUGUUUAGGGGUGUCCCUAAAAUUUGGAAACACGAUUAUUUAACCUCCGAUAGUAGUUUGCGUAUAAGCAAACAAAUGUUUAAGUGGUAGUGGGACACCCUUAAAAUUUGGGAAAUGAUUAUCCAACCUCCCAUAGUAAUUUGCGUAUUGGUACAAAUAAUAUUUAAGUAGUAGUCUAUGUGAUUUAAACUUGAGACACUGCCAUUAUUCGUAAACCUAUUUACAAUUACUCAUUUGUUAUUCUGUUUUAGAUCCAUAAUAAUAGUAAAAUAUUAUUCUUAUCCUGAAUUAUUUUCAAAACUUAACGAUUGAACCCAAUUAUUAGAUACCCUUGUCUAAUAGGAUAUGUUGAGAGAUAUUUGUUGAGAGUAUAGACACCGAAUAUAUUUUAAUAUUUUACGAAACACGAUAUUUACUUUUAUUGGUCAGAUAUUUUUAUAUUUAAUAAUUAUUUAAUUUAAUUUUAAUAUUUAAUUAAAUUUAAUUUCUGAGAGGGAAACACCUAUUUAAAAUUCUUGAAUCUGACCGGACUCAUGCACCAUUGCCGCUCUUUCCUUAUUUCCCAUGCGUUAAGAUGCGGCUUCCUUCCAUUACUGAUAACUCCAUCUCUGUUCCUAGACACACAGUAGCACGAUAGCGGCUCAAGAUAGGGUGCAUAACCAUGGGUUAUGAAUCCAUCAAUAACCAAAUCUGGACCCUUCAUUUAGAAAAUCCAGAUCUAAGGAUGGAAAAUUAAGGACCAUUUUUAUGUUUCCUAGCUUUCUUAAUCGAUUCAUAUCUUUUUCGUUUUAACUCGGAUUUUAAUUUUUUUUGCACAGAUGGAACGAGUUCAUCGUGCUCUACCAAAUGAGAACAAUUUUCAAUAUUUUUUUAGAAAAAAAAAUUCUGGCCUAUCGGUACCAACUGCAUACCAUAUGGUAUCUUCUUCGUUUUUAAUUCGUUUUUGAAAAAGUUUGCACAGAAGGGACGAGUUCAUCAUGAUCUGUUGGAUCUACAAAUUUCUGGGUGAACAAAUUACAAGACCAAAAAAUACCACACAAUACCAUACAAUACCACCCUGGUACAGGGUGGUAUUGUAUGAUAUCUUCUUCGUUUUUAAUUCGUUUCUGAAAACGUUUGCACAGAAGGGACGAGUUCAUCAUGAUCUAUUGGAUCUACAAAUUUCUGGGUGAACAAAUUACAGGACCAAAAAAUACCACACAAUACCAUACAAUACCACCCUGGUACGGGGUGGUAUUGUGUGGUAUACAAUGUUAAAAGUCGUAAAUGACAAUUAAUAUACUUCUACUAUCAUGUAUUCAACCAUCCUACAGUCUUGGUUUGUUCAUACCACCAUGGUACGUUUUUCAAACCAUAGGUAUGCUUUUAUUUCAAUACCAGUCAAUACCAUAUGGUAUAGACUGAUAAAAAAUGGCUCAAUUUUUUUUGUUCGAAAAAUAUAUUAAAGUGGAUAUCAUUUUGAAGAGCACAAUUAAUCUGAUCUAACUGUGCAAAAAAAAAAUUAAAUUUCGACUUAAAAUGAGUGAGAAAUCGCCCGUCAAAGAUUAAAGAUGGGAAAAUUAAAGGCUUUCCAGGAGAGAGAGGAUGCUAAUGUAGGCUGGUUACUCAUGGUUACUCACCAUAAGGUUACUGACCUUAUCCGUUCCCCACGAUAGCUAGCUAGGGCAGCGAAGUAGAAGAGGAAAGAAUGGCGAUCGCGAGCCGAAAGCUGAAUUACCAUCUCUCUCUCCAUCUCAACCCUACUCCAGCCAUUCGCCACCACCAUCGCUUCUCCCCCUACCCCACAACCUCUUCUUCUUCUUCUUCUUCUUCUUCUUCUCACCACCAUCAAGAAGUCAAGAGGCUGACGGAUUUAGAGAAGGUCCACCUCCUCGACCAAGGAAGCAGCGACGCUGUCUUCAAGGUCCGCCACAGAACCACCCGCGCCAUCUACGCUCUCAAGAAGAUCAUCUCACCUGAAACCCAAACCCUAGAGCAAGAGGUGGCCAUCCACCGACUGGCGUACUCCUCCCCACAUGUGGUCAACUUCUAGGGCUCUUUCUGCUAAGGAUAUAUGUUAAUAUUUUUAAUUAUUGUAAUUAGAUUAAUUAGUUCCUAUUUCAUAGCUCCACUACUCUUACUCUUUUGCUAUGUGUUGCUUAGCUCACGUUAGUUUCUGUUGUAUUGGUAUUAAUCCCACAAUUCUAUUAAAUGCAAAACACAUAA